GGCACCGGUUUCAAAGUCGCAGGGCGGGCCGAGUGGACUUCCGCUGCUUGCCCCGGGCUUCUCGGCAGUACUGCAGUCGCUCCCCGCUCCGCCAAGGACGCCGCCACCCGGCUGCCCGCCAGCUCUCUCGGCGCUCUCCUGAGUGGCCCAACACGACCCCGAGUGACCCGCGGGACGCCUGUACAUCCCUGGUCCCACCUGGCUGGGAUUCGGGUGUACGUGGAACAGAAUUGACUUGGCGGGUCCCCAGCAAACCUGAAAUCUUGUGUCUCGCUUGAGCGAGGGACUCGGCUGGGACUCGGGAGAAGGAGGUGCGGCGGGGCUGUUGACGCCACGUGAGUAGGAUGCUGAUUACACCGCUCAAGUGGUAGACAACCUCCGAAGCGUUGCUUUAGAUUUGUUUUCCCGCACAGCGAGCUUUGUGUCUUUUUAAGAAAAGUAAAGGUGGUGAAAGCGUCAAACAAAUUGUAUCUAAAUGGCCACAGAAAUCGACUUUCUGCGAGAUCAGAAUCAAAGGCUAAAUGAAGUUCUUAGACGGUAUCAAAUGGAAAAUUUUUUCAAAUAUUCAUCGGUACAGAAAUCUGUCUUCAAAGGAGUUGCAGGUGACACAGUAGAAAACUCAGUAGUUGACCAAAGCUUUUUAGUUCCUCUUAUUACUGAGUAUGAUAAGCAUCUGGAAGAGCUAAAUGGGCAGCUGAAAUAUUAUCAGAAACAGAUGGGUGAGAUGAAACUACAACUUGAAAAUGUCAUCAAGGAAAAUGAAAGGUUGCACAGUGAAUUAAAAGAUGCUGUUGAAAAGCAAUUGGAGGCCAUUCCCUUUAGCACAGAGAUGGGAAAUGAGAUAUAUACAGAUGAUGAAACAGUCAGGAAUCUUCAAGAACAACUACAACUAGCCAAUCAAGAAAAAACUCAGGCUGUAGAACUCUGGCAGACUGUUUCUCAGGAGCUGGACAGACUACAGAAACUUUACCAGGAACAUAUGACUGAGGCCCAGAUUCAUGUAGUUGAAAGUCAAAAGCAAAAGGAUCAGCUGACCAAUUUUCAGCAACUGACCAAGCAACUUCAUGUUACUAAUGAGAACACAGAAAUGACUAAUCAGCACUUUUUGAAAACAGUAACUGAACAAAAUGUGGAAAUCGAGCAACUCCGAAAACAACUUAGGCAAGCCAAGUUAGAUCUGAGAGUUGCAGCAGCAAAAGUAGAAGAGUUAACUAAAGUGACUGAAGAUCUUCAAGGACAGAUGCAAAAGAAGGAGGAGGAUAUGGUGUCUGCCCAAGGAAGAGAGGAAGCAUCAGAUAGGCGCUUACAGCAAUUACAAUCUAGUAUAAAACAAUCAGAAACAAGGUUAUGUGUGACAAUCCAAGAAGCUACCCAAUUAAGAGCAGAAAAAAUACAUUUGGAAAAACAGACCAGAGACUUACAAGCAAAGUGCUAUGAAUUAGAAAAUGAGAAAUAUGAAGCUAUUGUAAGAGCCAGAAAUAGCAUGCAACUCCUAGAAGAAGCUAACCUUCAAAAAAAUCAGGCUCUGCUUGAGGAGAAGCAGAAAGAAGAAGAUAUAGAGAAAAUGAAAGAAACAGUUUCUCGGCUUGUGCAAGAUGCUGCCAUAAGAACCAGGAAGGAAGUUGCAAACACAAGAAAACAAUAUAAUGUACAGAUUUCUCGACUAACAGAAGAACUUUCAGCCCUUCAAAUGGAGUGUGCUGAAAAACAAGGCCAAAUUGAACGAGCCAUUAGGGAGAAAAAAGCAGUGGAAGAAGAACUAGAAAAGAUUUACCUUGAAGGCAGAAUAAAUGAAAAUGACUACAGAAAACUAGAAGAAAUGCACCAAAGAUGCCUGGUUGCAGAGCGUUCAAAAGAUGAUCUUCAGCUAAGAGUUAAGACAGCAGAAAAUAAAAUCAAACAACUUGAAAUAAAUUCCUCGGAAGAGAUAUCACGUUGCCAAGAAAUGAUUCAGAAACUUCAAAAUGUAUUGGAGUCUGAGAGAGAGAACUGUGGAUUUGUCAGUGAACAAAGGCUGAAACUUCAGCAGGAAAAUGAACAGUUACAGAAACAGACUGAGGAUUUAAGAAAGAUUGCUCUCGAGGCUCAAAAAAAAGCCAAAUUAAAGAUCAGUACGAUGGAGCAUGAAUUUUCAAUAAAAGAACAUGGGUUUGAAGUUCAGUUAAGAGAGAUGGAAGACAGUAAUCGAAAUUCCACGGUUGAACUGAGGCAUCUCUUAGCAACUCAGCAGAAGGCAGCCUGUAGGUGGAAAGAAGAAAUGAAGAAACUCACUGAGAGUGCGGAAAUUAGAAUCAGUAGUCUAAAAAGUGAGCUGAGUCGACAGAAACUUCAUACCCAAGAGCUGCUUUCUCAGCUGGAAAUGGCAAAUGAAAAGGUAGCUGAGAAUGAAAAGUUGAUUCUAGAGCAUCAGGAAAAAUCCAACAGACUUCAGAAACGACUAAGUGAGGCGGAACAGAGAGCUGCUUCAGCCUCCCAGCAGGGGAGAACGACAACUGUGUUCAAGUUGGCAGAUAAAGUGACUGCAUUCAAAGCCAGACUGGAAUUAUGGGUGCCCCGGGGUUUAAUUCCUCUGCGUCAGGAGGCUCGAACUCACUGUAAACAGCUCGGUACUCUCAAACAAGUGCUUCAUCCUAGACUUCAGGCAAAGAUAUGACCACAAGCGUUUGACAUGAAAAAGAGAAGCUCAAAUGAUUCAAACUGUAAAGCUGGAGCAGAGCCAAAAUGAGCAAGAAGGAAGGCACCUUUGAGGCUGCUACAUGGAGGAAGGAAACACCAGAGAAAAAGAUUUGCUUCAUGAAGAGAUGGCCUCACACUGAUGAUAAUCUGGAAAUUAAGCCAUCAGCCCGAUUAAUAGAAGCCUGGAGGUUCUCUGACGAGCAUGUGGAAUAACGAAGUCAGUUUUUAUUGUGGGAGUUAUGACUAUGGAGAUAGCGCUGGCAAGGCUGCAGCUAACUGGGAGGAGUGAUUAAUUUCAGCAAGACUUGAAUCAAGGAAACCAGGUCUAUUCUGCCCCAGACUGGAGCACAUCAUCUAAUGCAGUUCUGAGCAUUGAAGGGAAAUCAUAUUGAAGAUUUCAACCCUGACGUUAAUUGCGAAGUUUGCUGCAGAUGGCGCAUGUUUCAAAGAGAUGAAAAGCCACAAAAGCAGAAGGAGAGAGUAAGCCGGUUGACUCUGUACAAAAGGCAAGCAGUGCAGACACUGCUGCUCUAACUUCAAAGGGCGACGGACACGAGGUCCCCUAAGACCUGCCUGCUCGUGGGUCACGGUUCUGCCUGAUCCACACUCAGCAGACUCCUCCUCCUCUGGAAUCCUCAUAACGCCUGCUUUCUGGGGCUUCUGAUCACAGAAUGUUAGUGCUGAAAAGCACUUCAGAGGGCAGCAUUCUGGACCAAACCUCUUACAGACCAACAGAGUCCCGGAGAGGUGAAACAACUCGCCCUCCUAUGCACUCGAUCUCAAAGUCACUGAAGUGUUCUCCGGAGCGGGGGGGGAGGUCCAUGUCUUAGUUUUCUUUUUCUCUUUGCCAGAGCAAUGCAACAUAGGCAGCACUCAAUAAAUACGUUGUGCUGAAUCUCAAAAGUAUUCAAAAUUCCAACUACACCAAAAUAAUCCUCUGUGAAUGUUAUCUAAACAUGGAUAUGUGCCUUAAGUACACAGUCUUAAGAUAUAUUUACCAUAUGUUACAGGUAGAUCCAAAGGCUAGAUAAUUAUAAAUCUUUUUAGGUAUCCCCAUGAUACUUUACAUUUAUCAAGUGCUUUGCAAUGUGUAAGUUACUCUUUCGAGUCUCACAGUAGUUCCCAGGAGGUAGCUGGAGAUCUCAUCCUCACGUUACAUGUGAGGAAACGGGGGAGACUUGGAAAACUUAAGACUUGAUUGUGUUGAGCCUUUAAGUAGACAAUAUAGGAUUUGACCCAUACAUGAGGCCCAAUUCAUAGCCCUCUCCUCUAGACCACGGUGCCUCGAAUGCGUAAAGAUUUUCUUCAACAACAAAAGCCUCUGCUUCUUUGAUUCUUCUACAGUAUGAAAGAAAAUUAAAGAAACUAGCAUUUUUUUUCCCUUAACAGAGGGCUUACAAACCCCUGCCCUAUUGUUUGACCUACCGGGGCUUAAU